UUGUGGUAAUACUAAUGGUGUCUGCUUCUUCAUCAACUGCCAUGGCAGAGAGGAUUUCUUGGCACUGUGCAUUGUUUGUGGCAGCAAUGUUGGUUUUGAGCUUCUGUGAAUCAAGUGAAAGUGAGUUCAUCACAGCCAUGAAUCAUCAGCAGAUGAAUGUGAACAGGCCUUGCGACGAGAUUUACGUGGUUGGUGAAGGAGAGACUUUGCAGAGUAUUAGUGAGAAAUGUGGGGAUCCUUUUAUUGUUGAAGAGAAUCCACAUAUUCAUGACCCUGAUGAUGUUUUCCCUGGUUUGGUUAUCAAGAUUUCUCCCUUCAAGAAUCUGUGAAGUCCUUAGCCUUGCUUGUGUACAUUAUUUUCCAAGAAAAUGUUGGCAAUGCUGCAUGUUAGAAUAUGAGUACAUGCCCAGUUCAUUAAAACCAAGACAUAGCCGUUUGGACUUCCAUCAUCACCUGACAAAAUUAUAUAUUUCAUUUUAUGUGUUUAUGACCGUUGUACAUUAGUCUAUAUAUUGUACACAUGAGUCAUUGGCACUCAAGUAAUGAAAUACAAGACAUCUCUCUGUCUCUCUCCUUGUUCUUCUUCUCCUUCUAAAUCUCUGUCUUCUCUGUUUUGAUUUCACAUCUGCAACUAAGAUUACAAGGGUUAAGACAAUACUCAAUUUAUUUCACUGCAAUAGCUCAAGUGAUCCAAAUAUGUAAUGUAAACCCCUCUGUGUAAAUGAUAUUUGGGAUUGAUGUUUAAGAGGAUAUUUGUUA